AGCAGAAUGAGUGAGCAAACGCAACCGAGCAACUGCUUCUUCUUCUUCUUCUUCUUCUUCUUCGUCGUCGUCGUCGACGGAGUCCAACAAUGGCGAUCACGGCCAUGAGGGGCGCAUCCCUCGCUCGAUCCCCUCUCCUCCUCCCCCACUCCCACUUGCAGUUGCCUCUUGUGAGUAGUAGUAGAUCGGUGCGGUUGAUGAGGAAGAUGACUAAUGGAGGGUCGAGUAGGUUGAAGCUACUCGCUCGGUAUUCGCAAGCUCAGGAUGUUUCUACUCGCAAUAUCCAAGACAGGAUAAAUGAGUUGCCAAAGCUAGUGGAAGACAUUCUCCAAACAUCACUCAGUACAGGACCUCGGGGUGCACUGAGGAUGGCCCAAGGCAUCCAAGCUGUUAUUGGGGUUGGUUCAGAGUGGCUAAAUGAUGUGUCAAAGACAACAAGCACAAGCACUUCUUCGAGGGUACCAACCGACAUGCAGCUUGGAUUGCUGUCUCCAAUUUAUGUGCGGAAAUUAUUUGAACGCAUGGGAGCAACUUACAUCAAGUUAGGCCAGUUCAUAGCAUCUGCACCUACAUUGUUUCCUGCAGAAUAUGUAGAGGAAUUUCAGAAGUGCUUUGAUCGUGCUCCGGCUGUCCCUUUCAAUCAGAUUGAGGCUAUCUUGCGUGAAGAAUUGCAGAGGCCAUUAGAUAGUGUCUAUGAGUAUAUUGAUCCAGUUCCCAUUGCCUCAGCCUCAAUUGCUCAGGUUCAUGCUGCAAGGCUGAAAAAUUCUGGGGAAGAUGUGGUUAUAAAAGUAUUGAAACCUGGUAUAGAAGAUAUACUGGUUGCAGAUCUGAACUUUGUUUAUAUCAUUGCUCGCAUACUGGAGUUCAUAAACCCAGAACUUCGUAGGACAUCUAUGGUGGCUAUUAUAGGAGAUAUAAAAGAAUCAAUGCUGGAAGAGGUCGACUUCCGAAAAGAGGCUGUCAAUAUCGAGUCCUUCAGAAGAUAUUUAGAAAACAUGGGACUUGGAAAUCAGGCCAAGGCUCCAACAGUAUAUAGACAUUGUAGCACGCGGCGUGUGUUGACAAUGGAAAGGCUCUAUGGAGUUCCCCUUACUGAUCUUGAUUCCAUAAGAGCUCUUGUUCCCGAUCCCGAGUUGUCUCUUGUAACUGCUCUCAAUGUCUGGUUUGGAAGCUUGAUUGCAUGUGAGACAUUCCAUGCUGAUGUACAUGCAGGGAACUUGUGGUUACUACGUGAUGGCCGUAUUGGAUUCCUUGAUUUCGGAAUUGUCGGACGAAUCUCUCCGAAGACAUGGGCUGCUAUGGAGAUCUUUUUGGAAUCUUUUGCAACUGAGAAUUACGAAUCCAUGGCUUCUGCCUUAGUAGAUAUGGGUGCGACUGGAAAGAAUGUUGAUGUUAAGGCUUUUGCAAGAGAUUUAGAAAAAAUAUUUUCAUCUAUACAGGAGUUGGAUACAGAAAUUUUUGUUGCGACAUCAAGAGGGCCGAAUGCCACAGCGGUAUCUGCUAACGUAGUUAUGGAUGAGAGGCAAAUGAAUGCUCUAUUUCUCGAUCUGGUUAGGGUUAGCGAAUCAUACGGGCUGAAAUUUCCUCGAGAGUUUGCGCUUUUAAUGAAGCAACUUUUGUAUUUUGACCGGUACACACGAUUGCUUGCUCCGACCAUGAACAUGCUUCAGGAUCAGAGGAUUACCAUCGUCUCCAAUAGGAGGAUGAGGAACAUGAAUCAGAUCCCUUGAAGUUUCGAAAUCCCGUCCAUACAUCAAUGUUAUUUACUCUCAAAGCUACAAGUAUUCUCAUAUCUGUAUAUAAGUUGAUGAGUUUAUCAAGCACCCAGGAUUCAUGAGACACUUUCAUGUUACUGCAAUAUCUAAUUUUUCUGAUAUCAAAUGAAAAAGUAUUUGCAGUAUAAUCAUGUAAUCAGAUAUAUUGUCAAGGAUUUUAUGCUUCUAAUUGGUCUUUGGUCC